AUGGCUACCAACGGCGACUUUUCGGAUGAAGAGUCCCAGCCCGGCUCACCCCUCAUGGACGCCAACGGGCACGAGCACGAGCACGAGGACGUCGAGGAACAGGAACCCCUUGAGCAGGAAGAAGAAAAGCCUGCCAAGGCGAAGAAGGAAUCCGCACCACCUCCUCCCCAGCCCAAGCGGCCAGAGCUGCCCCCUCAACCAGAUCCCGACACGAUCGAUUUUUCGACUUUGACGCCGCUGUCGCCUGAGAUUAUUGCCCGCCAGGCCACUAUUAACAUCGGAACCAUUGGCCAUGUCGCUCACGGAAAGUCGACGGUGGUCAAGGCCAUCUCCGAGGUGCAGACUGUCCGCUUCAAGAACGAACUGGAGCGAAACAUUACCAUCAAGUUGGGUUACGCCAACGCGAAGAUCUACAAGUGCGACAACCCCGCGUGUCCUCGACCGACGUGCUACAAGAGUUACAAGAGCGAAAGGAAAUUGAUCCGCCAUGCGAGAGAGAAGGCUGCCACCUCGAAGAAAGAGCAGCAUGCUAAUCAGAACUGGGACAGGUUCGUCGACUGCCCCGGACACGACAUUCUCAUGAGCACCAUGUUGUCGGGUGCUGCCGUCAUGGAUGCAGCACUCCUGCUGAUUGCUGGAAACGAAUCAUGCCCGCAGCCACAGACGUCGGAGCACUUGGCUGCCAUCGAAAUCAUGAAACUGAGCCAUAUCAUCAUUCUCCAGAACAAGGUCGACCUGAUGCGGGAAGAGGGCGCUCUGCAGCACUACCAGUCGAUCCUGAAGUUCAUUCGUGGUACUGUGGCGGAUGGCUCUCCCAUCAUCCCCAUCUCCGCGCAGCUGAAGUACAACAUUGACGCCGUCAACGAAUACCUGGUCACUCACAUUCCCGUUCCAGUCCGCGACUUCACCGCUGCUCCACACAUGAUCGUCAUUCGAUCCUUCGACGUAAACAAGCCUGGUGCUGAAAUUGAAGAGCUCAAGGGUGGUGUCGCUGGUGGUUCGAUCCUGACCGGUGUGCUGAAGCUGAACGAUGAGAUCGAGAUUCGGCCCGGUCUCGUGACCAAGGAUGAGAAUGGCAAGAUCCAGUGCCGUCCCAUCUUCUCCAGGGUUGUCUCCCUCUUUGCUGAGCACAAUGACCUGAAGUUCGCUGUUCCCGGUGGUUUGAUCGGUGUCGGAACUCGUGUCGAUCCUACGCUGUGCCGUGCUGACCGUCUGGUCGGUUUCGUCCUGGGAUUGCGAGGGAAGCUGCCGGCUAUUUACACGGAACUGGAGGUUAACUAUUUCUUGCUGCGUCGUCUGCUGGGUGUCAAGUCGGCCGACGGCAAGCAGGCCAAGGUCGCCAAGCUGUCGAAGAACGAGGUGCUGAUGGUCAACAUCGGAUCGACGGCGACGGGUGCCAAGGUCAUGGGUGUCAAGGCGGAUGCGGCGAAGCUGGCUCUGACGCAACCUGCCUGCACGGAGAUUGGAGAGAAGAUUGCUAUCAGUCGACGAAUCGAGAAGCACUGGCGUUUGAUCGGUUGGGCGACGAUUGUUGCUGGAAACACCUUGGAGCCUAUCAUGGACUGA